CGGCAGCGGAGGCGGGACUGGCGUUGAGGUCAACAGUUCGGCGCGGGACAGUUUGUCUGUGUGCUCUCUAGGAUGUGUUUGUCUGAAACUUCUUAAUCAGUGAAUAAUGUUUGCGGCCGACGGUGUCGUCUCGUUGGCCACUUUCGCUCGUCGUAUUCCCCGAAUGGCCUCAUGAAGAGCCGAAAACAGGGCUCCGCCGGGGGCACGAAGCAGAAAGCACUUUGCGAUGUGCCGGCCUCCACCAGCCUGCCCCCCCUAGUGGAAGGUGAGCUGCGCGGCUUCCUGCGCGUGACCGUGAGCCGCCUGCUCUGGAGCGUGCCCAGGCCUCCGCCGGCGACGCGGGUGCGUCUGCGCUGGUGGGGGGAGUCGUCGGAUGGUACUCACUUCAGCCCCCCGGAUGACGCGGCGUCGUCGCACAGGAGCGUCAAAACCACGGCCCGCUUCCCCGUGCGCUGCGGCCCCAAGCAGCUCACCGCCUACCUGGCAGAUAUGGGCAACUUGGUGCUGGAGGUUUUGAGCAAGCAAGAUCACCUUCCCGUGGCGCGCGCUCAAGUGCAAGAGAUCUCCCGCCUCUCCCAGUCGCAGCCUAUCACCGGAUUUCACACCCUGGUGUCACCUACAUCCAAGAAGCUCGGCCAGCUGGAGGUUUCGCUCCAUUUGGAGCCUCUGGCCGCAGCGUGCCACACGCUCCACUUCUCCGGCCCCGCCACCCACUUGAGCAGCAACGUUCCUCAGGUCGCCUCGCCGGCUACGCUUGACCAGCCUCCACCUCCCGAUGCCAACAAAUUGAACGUGAGCGGCGGCGGAAACACGUCAAGAGGGAAAGACCGCUCCUAUUCCCAAACCACGCAGACAGAGCAAGAUGAGUCAGUGGAGAACUUGAACUUGCGAGCGAACGGCCAAAUCGAUGUGGAUCAGCCUGGAAAUGACAUCCUGUCAGUCAUUUUGGAGCGUGGCAACAAACUUCGGGACGCUAUGUUGGUGUCAGCACUGAAAAGCGACGUGGACGCCGCCCCGGUUCUCAAAGACCUCCAACUCCCUCUCCAGAGGGACAACGUCAGACCACUUCCCAUGGCCCCCGAAAUUGUCCUCGAAAAUGUCCUGCGCUUCGAUUCAGAUGUCAGGCACGCGGACAACGACCGGGUCGGCGACUGCGGCCUCGGUUGUUCCCCUGACAUGGACCACAGAGCUGUGGACCUCCUCCUGGGCAGGCUGAAGACAUCCCCGCCACCUUUGUGGCAGGGCGGCGGCGCCUUCCCCGAGUCUCUGUCGAGUCACAGCAGCGUGAGUGGCGACAGCGAGCUUGGCGACCCACAAUAUGAUCACAGCUUGCUGGAAAAUCUCUUCUACAAAAGUCCCACGUCAGAUCUGAGAGCGGAUGAGACAGCGGGCGGCGGCGAGAAGCAGAGGAAGACUUCAUCCGAGACCGAAAAACACCUGCGGCAGCCUGCGACCGGGACGAGCGACAAUGUCGUUUCAGAGCUUCGAGGUGCCCUGCCGGAUCCCGCCGUCCCCCUGAGUCAGGAGCAGCUGACGUUUCUGAGUUUCAUGCGAUGGGCCAAAGUGACAGUCGACUCCAUGAGCGUGCCCGCGUGUUGCGCCAGCCCCCCGCCCGAGAAGACCCCGAACAAAUCUCCUUCACUGUUACGCAGAAAGAAGUGCACGUAUUUUGUCGAGUAUACGUUCCCCAAGACUUCCUCUUCCAGUCGACACGGCCAACGCGUGGAGGUGACCAGAGCUGCUUCCAGUAACGUCGCAGGAGGAGCGGUGAGCUUCCAUCGGCUCUCAGUGUUUCCCGUCCACUUCAGCAAAACAUCGGUGGAAGUCUGGUGGGCAACGGAUCUCCUGUUUCGAAUUUACGCCAGAAAAAAUGACCAAAAGAAAGCCGUUUUCAUCGGAGAGGCCGCUCAUCCGCUGCGAAGUCUGCUGCAGAGCCAGCAGCUCAGCCAGUCGCUCACGUUGCCGGUGCACAACGUGGAGGGCGCGACGCGGGAACUCUGUCUUCUCAGGGUGCUGCUAGAACUUUCCACCGACAACGGAGGCAUCGACGUGUGUGAAAAGAGAGAGGCCUUGCCAUCACGGCCUACGCGCAGCCCUCAGAGGGGCUCCCGCACCACGUCACAAUGCGUCGACUUUUGCUCGGAGGAUCUCGCCGCUCGCUCGUCGGAAGACUUCUCCCUCAACCUUGCCAUUCAACCCUGCGUAGGAGCGCCUGCGUCCGCGCGCCACGCCGCGCCGGUGGAAGAGCCCGAGGUCCUGCUGCACACGUUGCUGAUGGUGCCGGAUGGCAAGAACUUCACCGGUGGGCCGGCGCAGGCCAUCAACGUGUACUUGAACUGCAAGCUCUUCUGGUGUGACGAGGUGGCGAGGUCUGCGGUCAGCUGGGGACGCGCCAAUCCUUCCUUUCAUUUUGUCCAGGUAACUCCCGUGGCUUUGACUGCACACUUACUGGAGCGGAUGAGGAACAAUGUGAUGGUAAUUGAAGUUUGGCAGAAGACGGGCGGCUCCGGCCACGAGACACUGCUCGGUCUCGUCAAGCUGCCUCUCCACCAGUUCUACAUGUCUUUCAGGGAUCCAAAGAUCGCCCACCUCCUUCUGCGGGCGCAGUAUCCCGUUUUAGGGGUGGACUGCUACAUGCCAGUGGUGGACGUGUUCUCGGGCGGCUGCCGAGGAAGCCUCAGGGUCACGCUGGCCAUGGGCCUCUGCGAGCAGGUGCUCGCCCUGCAGCGCGCCAGAGACGAGGAGGGCGAGGCGCCGGGCCGGCCGCCCCUCAGACCGCUUCACCUGCUCGACCACCAGCCCGGCAGGCCCGCCAAGAUCACCACACCACCGGCACGAGCGAUGAUCGAGCACGUGUUCGUGAUCAGGGUGGAAAAGGUGACGGGCCUGACUCCUCUGCAGUCGACAGUGUGGGGGGAGGCCGACUGUUACAUCCAGUACGCCUUCCCCUGCCAGGAAGGCGCUGAUGCGGACGCCACCCUCGACGAAUAUAACACCAACUUGAAGCCUUUUCGUACCACCACCACUCUGUGUGUGCCCGACCCCAUAUUUGGCCACACGGAGACGCACGCCCUCUUGGCUCCCCAAGGCGUUCCCGUUCAGAAGCUACUGCUCAGCUCUCUUUCCAGCCAAGGUCUAAGUGGCGGAGGGGGUGUCCAUUUUGAAGUGUGGUGCAGAUAUUACUAUCCCAAUGUGCGAGACCAGCUGGUGGCCAAAGGAAUUCUGCCCUUGUCCAAGCUGUGCGCCAUGGUCACCAUGCAGGGGCGCCAUCCCGACGAGGCCCGCUUGUUCUCGCUACCGCUGCUCCCCAGAGUGGACGGCCUGGCGGCACAUCAGCCUCUGCCCUCUGGCCUCCUGGACGUGUGCGUCCGCUACAAGUGCCGCCCAGUCCGAGCGGACGCGCCCGCC